AUGCCGAAGUACUACUGCGAAUACUGCGAUAUCUACCUCACCCAUUCCUCCCCUGCUGGACGGCGACAACAUGCCACGGGGCGAAAGCAUAUCAAUCAAAAGAUUGAAUAUUUCCAAAAUCUGAUUCGCGAGCCCGAUUUUAUGCCGCCUCAGCAGCUGGAUACAAGCGUCAUUCAGCGAGCUGUCCAAGCUGCGGGGUCCGGGCCUCUUACCAUGGGCCCUGGGGGCAGCUCGGGAUUCCAGCGCGGCUUCGGCGGGCGCGGAGGCUUCUCCGGCCGAGGCGGCUUCUCCGGCCGAGGCGGAAUGGAUAGAGGCGGAGGCAGAGGAGGAUUCCCUCCCAUGGGAAUGCCGAUGGGCCCAGGCGGCGGGCCACCCGGGAGUCGGAGCGGUUCCUUGUUUGGUUCGCACCAUCCUCAGGACAUUCGCAGCGGCGGGUCCUCGGGCCAGGGCUCCAACCACUUCCAGCGCCCGGGCAUGGGCCCCCGCGGCGGCAGCGGGCCCAUCCUGCCGGGGCCCGGGGGGCCUGGGGGCCUCGGGCCCAUGGGCCCUGGCGGACUCGGGCCCAUGGGUCCUGGCGGGCUCGGGCCCAUGGGCCCGGGCCUUCGAGGCCCAGGCAUGCCGCCGUCGAACCACUUUGGCGGGCCCCCUGGAGGCGACGACUUUCCGGGGCGCCGCGGCAUGGGUUUCGAUCGCGAGCGGCGGUAA